CUCGGUUUCUUUGCACUUAAAAUGGCACCAUGGAGGAGAGUGGAUAAAGUCAUACUACUAAUAAUGAAUGUAAGCUUUGUGUUUUAUAUUAUGCACUCACUACAAGAUCUAAGAAAGGGAAGAAGUGACUCCUCGGUAGAUAAUCCUCGGUCUCAUAACCAAGAAAAUACUAUCUUUGAGAGACUUGACCAUUUGGACUGGCGCAUUUACAACCUCUCAAAAUCAAUGGAACAGUUUCAUGAAAAUAUCAAACAAUUAAAAUAUGAUCAGAAACUACAAGAUGAUUCCAAGAGUAAAGUACAACAGGCUGGAAAUGCAAAGGAAGAAAAGAAGAGUGUACAUCGCUUGCUGUACCCGGACUCUUUCCUCUUCAAGCGCUGGGGUACAGAUUUAAGAGAAGAGGAGCAAACUGUUGCACAGAAUCUGUUCUUAAAAUAUGGGUAUAAUGUUUAUCUCAGCGAUCGCCUACCUCUGGACCGAAUUAUUAAAGACACCAGAUCUCCUAGCUGUCAAAGGAAAACAUAUCCUCAAGCUCUCCCAACACUCAGUGUUGUACUUAUAUUUAUGAAUGAGGCACUGUCAAUCAUCUUACGUGCAAUUACUAGUAUAAUUAAUCGAACACCUUCUCAUUUAUUGAAAGAAAUCAUUCUGGUAGAUGAUUACAGUUCAAAUGAUGAUCUGAAAGGACCUUUGGAAGCACAUAUCAAAAGUUACAAUGCACAGCAUGUUGGACUGCUGAAAAUCAUAAGGCAUCAGAAAAGAGAAGGUCUGACACAAGCCCGGAUUUCUGGCUGGAAGGCAUCAACUGCAGAUGUUGUUGCAAUUUUGGAUGCGCAUAUUGAAGUUAAUGUAGCAUGGGCUGAACCUAUCCUGUCUCGAAUUAAAGAAGAUCGCACUGUUAUUAUAUCACCAGUAUUUGACAAUAUUCGCUUUGAUGACUUUGAACUUCUCCAGUAUGCAGUGGCUGCAGAUGGAUUUGACUGGGCUCUCUGGUGCCUUUAUGAACCUUUACCAGCUGAAUGGUAUGCUCUCAAAGAUGAAACAGCUCCAGUUCGGAGCCCAUCUAUAAUGGGGAUUCUUGUUGCACAUAGAGAAUUUUUGGGUGAGAUUGGUGUCCUGGAUGGUGGAAUGCACAUAUAUGGAGGAGAAAAUGUGGAACUUGGCCUGAGGGCCUGGCAAUGUGGAGGGAAAAUAGAAGUAUUGCCCUGCUCAAGAAUUGCUCAUUUGGAAAGAGCUCACAAGCCUUACUUGCCAGAUUUGAGUAUCUCUGUGAGACGGAAUGCCUUGCGGGUGGCAGAAGUGUGGAUGGAUGACUACAAAUACAUGGUCUACUUAGCAUGGAAUCUUCCAGUGGAGAAUCCUGGAAUAGACUUUGGAGAUAUUUCUUCCAGAAAGGAGCUAAGGAAAAAACUGAACUGUAAAAGCUUUGACUGGUACAUUAAAAAUGUCUACCCUAAUUUAGUAGUUCUGCCCAACAUUGUUGCCUAUGGAACAAUGAAAAACACGUUGAAAGAAGAUAUCUGUAUUGAUCAAGGUCCUGUUCCUGGAAAUACACCAAUUAUGUAUGUUUGUCAUGCAUAUUCACCACAGCAUAUCUUUUAUCACAGCACUGGAGAAAUAUACAUAGGAGGUUUGCGUGCCCGACUGAAUAUGAUUGAUCGAUGUCUAACUGAUCCUGGGAGUGGAGAUGUGCCAGUUUUAGAGCAAUGUGACAUAGCUGUGAAUAAAGGCCUGAACAUGUACUGGGAUUUUAAGCAAGGAUCAGCAGUAAUCAAUAGAAACACUAAAAGGUGUCUUGAAAUCACAGAAGACAAUCAGGCUUCAUACAGACUUGUGAUGCAGGCCUGCUCAGGACAAAGAUGGAAUAUUCAACAUACUCUUAAGGACUGGGGAAAGACAAAAGAUCUGGAUCAGAAGACAGAGCAUUCAAAGCAUUGAGUGGAGGAACUUGCUCCAUUAAAAUUAUUAUGUUUAUAACCCUGGAAGCAACAGUUUAAAGAGUUUGUUUAUACAGCAAUUUACAAUAUACUAGCUAUUCAUUUACGAUGUACUAGCUACUUCCUGCAAUUACAAGCUAUGACUCCAAAGUUCCAUGAACUCCGGGAUGUACCAGAGUUUCCUCAGUUAGGAGUGGGAUAGCCUUUGCUUCUAGAAGUAUUUUAGCUAAUUUAGCCUUUUAUAUUCUUUGGAAGUGACUAUCUCUGCUCAUUGAUGGCGUGAGCCCUCUAACUUUCUAAAUCAGGCAUUUUAGACACAUAUCAAAAUUUGGAAGGAGUGAAUGUGGCUCUAAGACUUCGUACUGCACAGAACUUGCUAAAAAAUGGACCAUUUGUUUUUUCCUAGGUUGUGUAGUGAAUUCAAAAAAAUAUCAGAGUGUGUCUAUAGUAGAAAAGAAAUGCAUUCUUCUUCUGCUUGUCUUAUGAAUCUACUAGGCAUGAAUCUUCUUCUCAGUUAAGUUUAUUAGA